CGCAUCGAUGCCGCAAAAGCCCUAAACCUCCUCUUAGGAGAGAAACUGUCGGAGCAGGCAUUGUCGUCAUUUGCAGGCAGCUCGAGGGAGAGCGAGGGUUAUCGCAAUGGCAAUGGCAAGAAUAACCAAGUGAGGUGCGGGAAAUGAGAGCGUGAGAGAGAGCGAGAGAGAGAGAGUGUGAGAGGAGGUCCUGUGCAGGACUUAGGGGAGGGGGGCCGUGGCGUGGAAUUGCGAGGAUUGCAAUCUGCUGGAGAAAGGGGGUUAGAGAUGGUGGCUGUGGAGCUCUAUCCGUCGCAGGAGGAUCUGUUUUAUGAGGAGGAGAUACUACGGAACCCUUACUCGCUGAAGCUAUGGUGGCGCUAUGUGAAGGCGCGGAGUGAUGCGCCCGCAAAGAAGCGGCAUGUGUUGUAUGAGAGGGCGGUGCGGGCGCUGCCGGGGAGUUACAAGUUAUGGCAUGCGUAUUUGAAGGAGAAGGUGGAUGGGGUGAGGGGAUUGUCGCUCUUGCAUCCUCGAUAUGAAGACUUGAAUAAUACGUUUGAGAGGGCUUUGGUGACCAUGCAUAAGAUGCCGAGGUUGUGGAUUAUGUAUUUGCAAACCCUAACGGAGCAGAAGCUGUUGACGCGCACGCGGAGGACAUUUGAUCGGGCGUUGUGCGCGCUGGCUGUCACGCAGCACGACCGGAUUUGGGAGAUUUAUUUGAAUUUCGUGUCGCAGCAGGGAGUGCCGGUGGAGACCUCGUUGAGAGUGUAUAGACGGUUUUUGAAGUAUGACCCGACGCAUGUCGAAGAUUUCAUUGAGUUUUUGCAGAUGUCGGAGCUGUGGCAGGAGGCCGCUGAGAGGUUAGCUCAGGUGCUCAAUGACGAAACUUUUUACUCUCGUCAAGGGAAAACAAGGCAUCAGCUCUGGUUGAGUCUUUGCAAGCUGCUUACCACGCACACGAAGGAUGUUUCUGGUCUACAAGCCGAUGCUAUUAUUCGUGGUGGAAUUCGUCGAUUCACAAACGAGGUUGGUCGCUUGUGGACGUCACUUGCAGACUAUUACAUUAGGUGUGGAUUGUUCGAGAAAGCCAGGGACGUAUUUGAAGAAGGAGUGAUGAGUGUGGUGACUGUGAGGGACUUCAGCAUUGUUUUUGAUGCCUACUCGCAAUUUGAAGAGAGUAUUUUAGCCGCCAAAAUGGAGCAAUCGACUUUGGAUACUGAUGAUAGACAGGAAGAAGAGGGAGACGAGUCUACACAAGAUCCUCACCGAUUAGUGUCGUUUGAGAAAUGGAUAGAGAAGUCGUUCUGGCUCAAUGAAGAAAACGACGUCGACUUGCGCCUUGCUCGGUUAGAGAACCUAAUGGAGAGGCGACCCGAGCUGGUGAGCAGCGUGCUUUUGCGACAAAAUCCGCACAAUGUACAUGAGUGGCAUAAGCGAGUAAAGCUAUUUGCUAAUAAUCCAUCCAAGCAAGUAUUAACUUUUACGGAGGCUGUUAGGACAGUGGAUGCUAUGAAAGCAGUCGGAAGGCCUCACACACUAUGGGUGGCAUUUGCUAAGCUGUAUGAGUCUCAUGCGGAUGUCGUGAAUGCUAGAGUCAUUUUCGAGAAGGCAGUAAUGGUUAAUUACAAGGCAGUGGACGACCUAGCCAUCGUAUGGUGUGAAUGGGCUGAGAUGGAGCUUCGGCACAAAAAUCUUAAGGGUGCACUGGAUUUGAUGCAGCGCUCUACAGCUGAGCCAUCUGUUGCUAUCAAACGUAAAGUGGCUGAGCUGGGGGAAGAGCCGGUACAGCUGAAAUUGCACAAGUCUCUAAGGUUGUGGGAAUUCUAUGUCGACUUGGAGGAGGGCUUGGGUACUUUGGAUAGUACCCGCAAGAUUUACGAGAGGAUUUUUGACCUCAGAAUCAUUACUCCAAAAAUUGUCCUGAAUUAUGCUGCCCUACUAGAGGACAACAAGUUCUUCGAAGAUGCUUUUAAAGUUUACGAGAGAGGAGUACAAGUAUUCAAAUAUCCCCAUGUUCGCCCUAUCUGGUCCAUGUAUCUAAAUAAAUUUGUAAGCCGCUAUGGAGGGAAAAAAUUGGAACGUGCACGAGAUUUGUUUGAGCAGGCUUUGAAAGAGGUGCCCGAGGCAGAUGCUAAACCUCUGUAUCUACAAUAUGCAAAAUUGGAAGAGGAUCAUGGGCUUGCUAGACAUGCACUAGCUGUGUAUGAGCGUGCUACAAAAGCUGUUGAAGAACACGAGAAAUUAAGUAUCUAUGAUAUUUAUAUUGCACGAGCGGCAGAAUUUUUUGGGUUACCCAGGACUCGUGAAAUCUACGAGCAUGCAAUUGAGUCUGGUCUACCCGACAAGGAUGUUAAAACCAUGUGCAUUAAGUAUGCUGAGCUUGAGCGGAAUUUAGGAGAAAUAGAUCGGGCUCGAGCGAUUUAUGUGCAUGCAUCGCAAUCGGCAGACCCACGUUCAGACACAGAGUUCUGGAGUAAGUGGAAUGACUUUGAAGUUCAACAUGGUAAUGAGGACACUUUCCGAGAGAUGUUACGCAUCAAGAGAAGUGUGACUGCUAGUUACAGCCAGAUGCACUUUAUUCUUCCCGAGUAUCUCAUGCAGAGGGAAACUGGGAAGGUUUCAAUGGAGGAAGCUGUAGAUGCUCUAGCAGGAGCAGGCAUUUCCCGUGAUGAUGGAAUGGCUGCGCUGGAGAAAGAAAUGGCUUCUUCUGCUGGAAAAGAUGGCAUGAAGGCUUUGGGUUUUGUCAGUGCUGGAGUGCAGUCACAGACUGAUGGUGGGGCAGGUCUUGAGAGGGACAGGAAGGAUGCAAACGAUGAAGAGAUUGGGCUAGAGGAUGAAGAGGAAGAAGAGGAUGCAGGCGUAGAUGUGGCUGAAAAAUCUGUUCCUGAUAGUGUGUUUGGAAACCUGGCACAGGUAAAGCAUGCAGGCGAGAGUAACGAGAAAGGGGAGAAGAGAGAAUUUGCAGAUGCUGAGCCAUUGGGUGCAAAAGAAAGGUUCAAAAGACAAAAGAAAACAGUAGAUUAGACUUAGUGCUAUCGACUGUUUCAUCUUUUUUUUAUAUGGCUGUUAGGUAGCACAUGACACCACUGUGUCCAAAUGUAAUUUUGGCUUUGUAGUGAUGCAUUCUGAAUACGCUAUCGAGUGGACUCUUUCUUCGGCCAUAUUUUCUGGCAAGCUUUUUAUAUAAGAAGAAACCUCUCAUUCCAGACCUGGAUGCAUUUUUGACUGCGAGCUCCAACCAUUAUGGCACACUCAUAUGGACGAGAAAUUCGAAACAACUCAUCAAUCAGGAAUUUGUCUAUCUGUGCGAGGGUGACCUGACUUGGGCUAAUGUAACACAAGCACGUGUGUCAAGAUUUACUGAGUAUUUUUCCAACAGUGUUUCUGGAGUUUGGGUUGCGCGGGGUGUCAAAUGCAAGAGUAUAUUGUCCUUAAUCGUGGUAAAGAUUGAAUGACGAUCAUUCUGAUCACCACGGAUGAUAAGAUUGAUUUUCGUUUAUCUUUGGAGCAAAGGUUUUCAUUUUCAGUUUAAGAGUUGUCUCUGGAAGUCUUAGCAUGCUGCGGUAGUAGAUGGAGGAGAAAUAGUUUUCUCCGUUUCUAGAAUAUCAAUACGAGAUUACGGGAAGAAAUGAAUGCAAAGUGUAUGACCCCUCUUUGCGUCUUGUGGUCAUACGAAGUGGUAGUGUGGGUUAUUAGGUUUUCUUGUGCCUCUCGCUUUUGUUAACUUCAGAAAUAUUGUGGUUGGGAGGAUCGUACAGUUGCAUCCUUUUGCUGCCGAACGUCUAUAAACUUAGCGAAAUUGGUUUAUUUAGAAA